AUGUCCUAUGCAGAACUGUUUCCUGCACUGCUAGCUAAAAAUCAUGUCCAGACAAGGUCUCUACCACCUGUGCCAAAGGACCUUCCCUAUUGGUACAAGGCAGAACAAUUUUGUGCUUACCAUCAAGGGGCACCAAGACAUAGCAUUGAAAACUGUUUUGGGCUAAAGUCAGAUGUUCAGAGGCUCAUCAAGAGUGGUAUCCUUUCAUUUAAGGACGUAAACCCCAAUGUUCAAGUUAAUCCUCUACCGCAACAUGGUUCAGCCUCAGUUAACAUGGUAUAUGGUUGCCCGGGCAGUUUCCAGAUCCAUGAUGUACGAUUAUUGGGAGAGAGCUUAGUAAAGAAACACGCCAGAUAUAGAAAGAAUGGUUUUGUGCCUCCACAUAACUAUGCCUCUUGUAGGGUUUGUUUUAGGAACUCUCAAGGAUGCCUAACUGUUGUAACGGAUCUCCAGGAUCAAAUGGACCAAGGUUACAUUGAAGCCUACCGAGACAUAGAUUAUAAUCAAGUCAAUAUGGUCAAUAGUGACAACGAAGUGAAUGUCAUAGUUCCUCAGUUCAACAACUCUGAGCCUAUACAAAUUACUUAUGACAGUCGGAAGACUUCUGUGACUCCUGUGGUCAUUAACUUACCGGGCCCAGUUCCUUACCAAUCUGAUAAAGCCGUGCCUUACAAGUACAAUGCUAUAAUUGUUAAUAAUGAAAAUGAUGUUCCUCUACCCUCCAUUGUUAACGUCGUUGAUGUAAGCAGAGUCACAAGGAGUUGGCGUAUAUUUGCAAAAUGGACUGAGGAUGUCGCAGCAGGAAAGCAGGCUCAGGUUGAGAUUCCUUUUGAACCGGUUGGCCAAUCUGAUAACAUGAAUCCGAAAAGUGAUGAUGAUGAGGCGUUGAAGCUCAUAAGGAAAAGUGAAUACAAUAUGGUGGAACAAUUACUGCAUACACCUUCCAAGAUAUAUGUGUUAUCUUUGUUGAUGAACUCUGAGGCUCACCGUGAAGCUUUGAAGAAAGUCUUAGAACAAGCUUAUGUAGACCAUGAUGUGACAGUUGGACAAUUUGAUAGUAUCGUCGCUAACAUAACGAACUGCAAUAACUUGAGUUUUAGUAAUGAAGAGCUCCCCGAAGAAGGAAGAAAUCAUAACAUGGCACUAAAUAUCUCAAUCAACUAUAUGAAUGACUCUUUGUCAAGUGUGUUAGUUGAUACAAGAUUGUCUCUCAAUGUCAUGCCGAAGUCGACACUUUCCAGACUUUCUUUUCAAGGUGCUCCUAUGAGGAGUAGCUGGAUUAUUGUCAAAGCUUUUGAUGGUUCCAGAAAACAGUCAUUGGAGAAGUUAACCUUCCUAUGA